UCACCAAUAGGGAGCUCCGGGAGGCGGGCCUAGAACGCCACCGACUUGAGGAAGCCCAGUACAUUUCAAGUUGGCCGCGGCGUGGGCUCCGCGUGGGGAGGGGCAGCAGGUUUUUUCACUGGAUCUCUGAACACCCAGGCCCCCUCCACCAUGGCCAGCCGGGGUGGGGGCCGGGGUCGUGGCCGGGGCCAGUUGACCUUCAACAUGGAGGCCGUGGGCAUUGGGAAAGGGGAUACUUUGCCCCCACCCACCCUGCAGCCUUCUCCACUCUUCCCUCCUUUGGAGUUCCGCCCAGUACCUUUGCCCUCAGGAGAGGAAGGGGAAUAUGUCCUGGCACUGAAGCAGGAGCUACGAGGAGCCAUGAGGCAGCUCCCCUACUUCAUCCGGCCAGCUGUCCCCAAGAGAGAUGUGGAGCGUUAUUCAGACAAAUACCAGAUGUCAGGUCCGAUUGACAAUGCCAUCGAUUGGAACCCUGAUUGGCGGCGUCUACCCCGGGAGCUAAAGAUCCGAGUGCGGAAGCUACAGAAGGAACGGAUUACAAUUCUGCUCCCCAAGAGGCCCCCUAAGACCACAGAAGAUAAGGAGGAAACAAUACAGAAACUAGAGACCCUGGAGAAGAAGGAAGAAGAAGUAACUUCAGAGGAGGAUGAGGAGAAGGAAGAAGAAGAAGAGAAGGAAGAGGAGGAAGAAGAAGAGUAUGAUGAAGAAGAACAUGAAGAGGAAACUGAUUACAUCAUGUCAUAUUUUGACAAUGGAGAGGACUUUGGGGGUGACAGUGAUGACAAUAUGGACGAGGCUAUAUACUGAAGAAGGUCUCUGGACCCUUGUGUCUUUCUUGAAGAUACAGAGAGUAACUGUCCCUGUUAUUUGGUUUUUUGGACAAGCAAAUCAUUUGGUCAGAGUUCACAUAACCUGUCUGGUCCCUGGAGAUGGGAAUGGAGGAUGAUGACAGUUUAUUUUCUACGCUUCCCCUCCUUCCAUGUUUGUAUCACCUCUGCUAUCUUGGGGAAAGUGCAAAGGACAAAUAUCUCAAUUGUAUGAAGGGAGAAAGGAGAAUUGAAAGAAGAACUGGGGUUGUUAGAGCUGAGAUAACUGUACACAUACCCCUACCCAAUUUGUAUAGCUCUUUGUGGAGAUAAUUAGGGAUGGGAGCAGUCUGAAGGAGUAAGCCUGGUUUUAUACUUUUAAAUAAAGUGUUUUUCUCUGUCUC